GUUCGCUCCUUCACAAGAGGGCGGGAUUAUCGUUGCAACCUCUUCCGGAUGCGACAUGCACUUUACGGAUGCUAAAAAUCAUUCAUAACAAAACUAUAAAUCCGUAAAAGGAACCUAUCUAUUAUAUCUGCAGUUGAGAGCCAUACUUUGACCAUGGGUUUGCUGACCAUUUUAAAGAAGAUGAAGCAGAAGGAGCGGGAGAUGAGGCUGCUGAUGUUAGGUCUGGACAACGCGGGGAAGACGACCAUCCUGAAGAAGUUCAACGGAGAAGACGUCAGCACCAUCUCCCCGACGCUGGGCUUCAACAUCAAAACACUGGAGCACAAAGGGUUUAAAUUGAAUAUCUGGGACGUCGGGGGUCAGAAGUCACUGCGCUCCUACUGGAGGAACUACUUUGAGAGCACAGACGGGCUGGUGUGGGUGGUGGACAGCGCAGACAGACUCCGGGUGGAGGACUGCAGACAGGAGCUCAGUGCACUGCUGCUGGAGGAGCGGUUAGCCGGUGCGACACUGCUGGUGUUUGCCAACAAGCAGGAUUUACCAGGAGCCCUGUCGAAAGAGGCUAUACGAGAGGCACUGGCCCUGGAUGAGAUCAAAAGUCAUCACUGGUGCAUCAUUGGUUGCAGCGCCGUCACAGGAGAGAAUUUGUUAGCUGGAGUGGACUGGCUGUUGGAUGAUAUCGCUGCAAGGAUCUUCACCACUGACUGAACGCUUGAGCAGACAUGACUCCCGGCGCAGGGGACAGUUCGAUUCAGAGCGCAAAUGUAUUUAUUCCAUCAGCUGGUGUCAUACAUGAAUGUUGUGUAAUAAACCUGGUUCAUACAAUUUUCCUAUUUAAUAUGCUUGACAACAGGGAGGGAUUUGGCCAGAUGUAACAAUUUCCAUAAAGAUCGCUUUGUCAUUAUAGAACAGAUGGGAAUUAUAUAUACCCUGGCAUUUACCUUGAAACCACCCUAAACGAUUUCUGCAUCAGGAAACCAGUGUUGUCCUUUGAUCUGGAAUUGUGUAGUUUGAGUCACUAUCAUAUUGACAACACAAUUAAGCAAUCUCCAGUGUACUAUUUAACCCUCAGUUUUACUGAACACUAAUGAAAUGCUAUGCUGUUAUAGUGAAGGUAUGUUUGAGCUAUAACAUAAUACACUGUAAAUUGUUGGCAAUUUCAUAUCUGAAACAUUGUUUUGACUGAAAAAUUACACCCCCCAAAGAGCUGAACUGUAAAGUAUUUUAUAAAUCUGCAGCUAUAACUUCCAUUAUUUAGCAUUUCCCUCAUUCUGCAGUUGG